UUUCUUCUUCUAGCUUUGUACCUUGACCCAUUAAAACCAUGAGCAACUAUAGCGUGUCCUUGGUUGGCCCAGCUCCUUGGGGUUUCCGGCUGCAAGGCGGCAAGGAUUUCAACAUGCCUCUGACAAUCUCUAGUCUAAAAGAUGGAGGCAAGGCAUCCCAAGCAAACGUGAGGAUAGGCGAUGUGGUCCUCAGCAUCGAUGGAAUAAGUGCACAUGGGAUGACUCAUCUGGAAGCUCAGAACAAGAUUAAGGGUUGCACAGGCUCUUUGAAUAUGACUCUGCAGAGGGCAUCAGCCACAACCAAGCCUGAGCCAGUUCCUGUUCAAAAGGGAGAACCUAAAGAAGUAGUUAAGCCUGUGCCCAUUACAUCUCCUGCUGUGUCCAAAGUCACUUCCACAACCAACAUGACCUACAAUAAGGCACCACGACCCUUUGGUUCUGUGUCUUCACCAAAAGUCACAUCCAUCCCAUCACCAUCGUCCGCCUUCACCCCAGCCCAUGCAACCACUUCAUCCCAUGCUUCCCCUCCACCUGUGGCUGCUGUCACUCCUCCCCCAUUCUCUGCAUCUGGACUGCAUGCUAGCGCCAGCCUCAGUGCUGACCAGUGUUCCUCUUCACUGAGCACUGGUAAAACUGCAGUUAAUGUCCCACGGCAGCCCACAGUCACCAGCGUGUGUUCCGAGACUGCUCAGGAGCUAGCAGAGGGGCAGAGAAGAGGAUCCCAGGGUGACAUUAAACAGCAAAAUGGUCCACCGAGAAAACACAUUGUGGAACGCAAUACGGAGUUUUAUCACAUACCCACUCACAGUGAUGCCAGCAAGAAGAGACUGAUUGAGGAUACUGAAGACUGGCGCCCACGCACUGGAACAACCCAGUCCCGUUCCUUCCGAAUCCUCGCCCAGAUCACCGGGACUGAGCAUCUGAAAGAAUCUGAAGCUGACAAUACAAAGAAGGCAAAGUGUGACAGUUUUCUGGAAGACCUACAUGAGAGUGAACAUCAGCUGCCUGCAACUCCUUGCGUGUCACAUACGGGUGGCCAAGUAGCCACACUUUCUAAAGUAGCAGCUACUCGUUCUAGUGUUAGCAACUCCACAAGACAUGUGCAAGGUUCUGUGGAAGGUUUUCGAAAUGUUUCUCCCUUCCCUUCUGCUAGAUGCAAUGCUUCGGCUCUGAGCAGUGCGGUUGCCACUGUAUCUGCUGCUCUUGCGGCCAAGACCAGGCUCUCCAGUUGUGAAUCGUAUCCCCCACUCCGGGAUGCACUUUGUAUCAGCCCUCUAUCCAAGCCUCUCGCUUUCCCCUCUCUCCAGUCCUCCAGAAUGUCAGCCGGCACUGUGCAUGAUAGGAAGACAAGUAACACACAGGAGCCUCUUCAGCAUUCAGUUCCCCCGGCAGCUUCGACGCGGAGUGCAGGAGAGCCCGUGGAGAGCUCGGCCCCGGGCAGAGCAGGUGUGGCCGGCCUCACCACGGCUGCCGCCUUCAAGCCCGUGGCUGCCACUGGCAUUAUCAAGUCACCAAGCUGGCAGCGCCCAAGCCAAGCAGCACCUUCCACUGGAAAAAUCUCAAGCAAUGUGGCUUCCUCAGCCCCAGUGGCCCCACCUAGCUCUGCUGUGGGUCAGUCCCAGCCGGGUGACCAGGAUACUUUAGUGCAGAGAGCGGAGCAUAUCCCCGCAGGAAAACGAACCCCAAUGUGUGCCCACUGUAACCAGGUCAUCAGGGGCCCAUUCCUGGUAGCAUUGGGGAAAUCUUGGCAUCCUGAAGAAUUUAACUGCGCUCACUGCAAAAAUACCAUGGCCUACAUUGGAUUUGUAGAGGAGAAAGGGGCCCUGUAUUGUGAGCUAUGCUAUGAAAAAUUCUUUGCUCCUGAAUGUGUUCGAUGCCAAAGGAAGAUCCUUGGAGAAGUCAUCAAUGCUUUGAAACAAACUUGGCAUGUUUCUUGUUUUGUCUGUGUGGCCUGUGGAAACCCAAUUCGUAAUAACGUUUUUCACUUGGAGGAUGGUGAGCCCUACUGUGAGACUGAUUAUUAUGCCCUCUUUGGCACCAUCUGCCAUGGAUGUGAAUUUCCCAUAGAGGCUGGCGACAUGUUCCUGGAAGCUCUGGGUUACACCUGGCAUGAUACUUGCUUUGUGUGCUCAGUGUGUUGUGAAAGUUUGGAAGGUCAGACAUUUUUCUCCAAGAAGGACAAGCCGCUUUGCAAGAAGCAUGCUCAUUCAGUGAAUUUUUGAAGGUUCUAGGGAAGAGAAGAAAUUUGAAGAGAGAGAGUUAAAAUGAGCAAUUGCUUUUAAAUAUGAUGUUUAUAUGGAGUUUUGAAAAAAAAAAAAGGGUGGCCCUGAAGGGAUAAAUUCCAGCUCUAAAAACUAAGUCUGUGAGGAAAUAUUUGGCUUCAUAAAGUAAAGAGACAGUUUGGCAUUUAAUAUUACUUUUUCCUGUAUUUUCUGCCCAUAAAAUAACCUUUAUAAAAAUCAAUUUCCUGGUUGACUAUUAAAUUCAUCUUAGAAUAAAUUAGUAAAGAAUUAAACUUUAGAGUAAAAGCUCCAGCUUCUUGACUGAAAUAACUAUACUUUCUUUUCUUGUUGGAUAGUUAUAAGUAUAUCUGCAAAAGGCAAUAAAAAUGCCUUAAACUUUAUUAACAAGAGAAUAAUUUUUUUAGUUAGUGUUUAUUUCUAAUACAGCAAAUAGGAAUUUAAACAGAGAGGACUUUUUAUCAGUAAUGAAUAUCAGUUGUUUUUAAAACCAUGUGAACAUUAUUUUUUUCUUCCAGUUAAUCAUUUCUGAUAGGAAAAGGCCAGUGAGAUUUUGGAUCAAAAUGUCAUGCCAAUAAGAAAGAUUACAGAUUACAUGCUUCUCUCAUUUCCUCUCCCCCCCACCCCCAAAGCUACGAUAUAGCUUCUGCGUUAGAAAAAUAAGAGAUUGGUUUGGGGAUGUAAUAAAAUCUAGAUUUUUUUUCUUCCUUCUCUUUAUAUUCUCUAAUAAUUGAACCAUUUCCAAAUAUGUUCACAAACUCUGCAAAAUGUUUAUUCACCAGGCUUUGGUAGUAUAGGAAGGGACUGCGAGUGAUCGCCCCAGUUGGCCUGUUCUGUGUUUUCUUGCUUUGGGGCGAGGUUUAUGUGUGCAGACACUACACAGAGAUGGAGCCAUAAUUGUGGUGAAACUGUGGAGCCUGUUGAUGUUUUCCAAGUAAGGAAGAUUUGGUAUUUGGUAGUUUCUCUCUUUUUGUUUCUAGAAUGGAUGAAAACCCAUAGUCCCACGAAGUUAUAAUUUGAAUUUGUUUGGAACAAGGGGCUUUUAAAGUUGAGGCCCAAGUCCUUCCUGCCUCAUCGCUCAGUAGAGACUUCACUCCCAUUGUGUGUAUGUUUGUUAGAGAGGAGGUGUUAAGCUACAAUGUUUGUUUAACCUCCUUAAGAACUUUCAGGGCAUUUGUGCUGAAAGCUAUUAACUUAUGGUCUAGCAGAUUUAUAUUAUAUGCAGAUAAUAAUUAACUGGGGAUAAAAGAAUCAGGAGGAGUGACUCGACGUGGCAGCCUGAAUGCCUGUCCUGUAGUGACCCGCAGUCCCUCCUGGGCGCAUUGAGCAGGGAGGCAGUCCCUUGUGAAAAUAAAAUGCUGGAUUUGACUUGGGCCUUGUAUCUCCUCGUUGCUGAAAUCACCUGUACAGGACUUGCUAGCUAAUCUGCAUCUUAAUGUCUGUCAUUUGUUUUCUGCAUUACAAAGUUAAGUUAGUGAUUUUGUCUUGGUGUGGUAAGGUAUUUUGUUGUUGUUGUUUCAUUGUACCUUUAAUGAUUAUGUGCCAAGAUAAUAUUUGACAAGUGAGUGGCAUUUGGGUGCUUUGCCUCAAGAUUUUUAUUUGACCUGAAUUUCAUAUAAAAUUAUAUUAAGGAUAUUAAUUUUAGUAGACUCAUCUUCUUUUAUAUUAUUCAUGGAGCGUUAAGUUGCAUCUCUCCAAAUUUUAUAGCUGAAGGGGUACUGUUGCUUCCUGAUUUAUCAUUUUGUCUUUGUGCUUUGUCCAUCUCUUCUGUGGCAGAUUUUUAUAUCUGUUCCUGGAGUAGUCAAUCCUGUGAAAUGCAUAUUGACCAUCACCCAGAAGAGCCUGUACUUUCCAGUGGGGAAUGCAUAUUUAAUUUACCAACAUUAAUCUUUUAAUAACUGGCAGAGCACUUUAUUCUUCUGGUGAGCUCCGUGAAUAUUUAUUUUUCUGAUUAUAAAUAUUCCAUGUCAGUAGCAUUUUUUUAUUACUUCACUGUAUUUACUUUUAGUUUCUCUAGAUGUAUAUUUCAGAAAGCGAUCCUUAUACAAGAUAGACUGAAAUCUUAGUACAUGGAAAACUCCCUUACCUGGACUUCCUGUUUUCUAGGUUUUAUUGAUACGUUCAGAUUUGUCAUUUUGUCUGCUUACAUGGAAUGAGUAUUUCCUACUGGGGUAACAACCUGAAGAAUAAUCCCCUGAGCUCACUCUUAGCAUAGCAUACAUAAUUCCUGUUGAGUAAAGUUACAUUUGGAGUCUAAAACUAAAACCUAAUCACUUGGGCAGAUUCUUAAAAUAGAAAUAAUGAUUCAAAAUAAGUGAUAGUGCAGCGUUUUGUUUAAAAUUGUCUGUAACACAAAUGUAUCCUUUCCAAGGGAUGCUGUCGCUUGGGCAGCCCUUCCUUUCCCCUGGCGGAAUGUGAAUGU